GCGUCAGCGCCGGCGGCACGAGCGCGGCAGCAAUGGCGGCGCCGAUCGAGGUGGUGCAGACGGCCGACUAUUACGUGCUGGUGCGCGGCGAGCACAGCCUGUGGUGGCGGCGCGGCGACGGCGCCGUCUCGGCCGGCACCGCCUGGGACCUGGCCUCGGCCGUCGAGCCCGUCUGCCUCGGCGUCUGCGAGGCGCUGGUCGGUCGCCUGCAGACGGUCGCCGGCGGUGAGCACCACCUGCUGCUGGUGCGCGCGCAGGUCAAGGAGCGCGUGCCCGGCCUGCGCCGGCCGCCCGCCUCCAGCCCCGUCAUGGACGAGGUGCUCAAGCUGUUCAACGACGCCGACGCCUUCUACUACUGCGCCGAUGGUGACCUGACGUCGUCGCUGCAGCGGCGGCUGGACGGCGCCGCGCCCGACGAGCGCUUCUGCUGGAACUGGGCCAUGACGGAGCCGCCGCUCGUGCAGGGCUACAUGCACGUGAGCGAGAUCGCUGAGCCGGACGGCAUGCUGCCGCCCGGCCUGCGGCUCAGCCUGCUCUCGCGCCGCAGCCGCUUCCGCGCCGGCACGCGCUACCGCCGGCGCGGCGUGGACGCCGACGGCUGCGUCGCCAACUACGUGGAGACGGAGCAGGUGCUGACGUGCGGCCGGCACCACCUCAGCUUCGUGCAGGUGCGCGGCUCGGUGCCCGUGUUCUGGGCGCAGCCCGGCUACAAGUACCGGCCGCCGCCGCGGCUCGAGCGCGACCCGGUCGAGACCCAGGCGGCGUUCCGGCGCCACGUGGACGGCGAGCGCGAGCGGUACGGCGCCGUGCACGCCGUCAGCCUGGUGGACCAGACCGGCCGCGAGGCGGUCAUCGCCGACGCGUACCUCGACCACGCGCUCACCUACGACAGUCCCGAACUGACGUUCACCGGCUUCGACUUCCACGAGCACUGCCGCGGCCUGCGCUUCGAGAACGUGGCGCUGCUGCUGGCGGCGCUGGCCGACGACGUGCAGGCGGCCGGCUUCGCGUGGGCCGACGAGCGCGGCGCGCUGUGCCGCCAGCACGCGGUCUUCCGCGUCAGCUGCAUGGACUGUCUGGACCGCACCAACGUGGUGCAGACGGCGCUGGCGCGCGCUGCGCUCACCGCCCAGCUGGCCAAGCUGGGCGUGGCCACGCCGGACGGCCUGCCGGCGCCGGUGCGCGCGCCGUUCAGGCAGAUGUGGGCCGACACGGGCGACGCGCUGAGCCGGCAGUACGCCGGCACGGGCGCGCUCAAGGCCGACUUCACGCGCACAGGCGAGCGGCGCUGGACGGGUCUGAUGCGCGACGGCGUGAACUCGGCCAACCGCUACUACCUGAACCGGUUCCGCGACGCCGGGCGCCAGGCGGCCAUCGAGGCGACGCUGGGGCGGCCGCCGCCGGCUCGUGCCGAGCCGCUCGACGAGGACUCGUCGUCGGACGAGGACGAGCCGGACGGCGCGGCGGCCGUGGAGCGCGUGCGCCAGCUGCUGCUCGACUGCCAGCGCCUGCUCGUGCCCGACUCGGCGGUCGUGCUCGGCGCCUGGGGCCUCAUCGACGCCGACGCCGACGCGGCCGACGCGGCCGACGACGAGCUCGACACGAUCCUCGUGCUCACCGCCGACUCGUACUACGUCGCCUGCUACGACGAGGCGGCCGACCGGGUCGUGUCGUACCAGCGCGUGCCGCUGUUGGACCUGCAGGCCGUGGAGCUGGGGCCGCUGGAGGCGUCCCGGCUGUCGCGCGCCGCCCGGCCACCCUGCCUGCGCCUCUCCUACGAGAUCAGCGGCGAGGCCGGCUACUUCCACCUGCUGCGCGCCACGCCGCUGCGCUUCUUCAACAACGUGGCCGUGAGCGCCGGCUCCGCUGAGGAGCGGGUGGAGACGCUGCGCGCGCUGGCGGCCGCACUGGUCGGCGCCGCUGACGCGGCUGGUCACCAGUCGGUGACGCAGCGCAACUCGCCGGAGCGGACGGCACCGGCCUCCGACGACUUCCUCAUCGACAGCGCCGGCAUCAUCGCGCGCUCGGCCUCGCCGGCCGGCCGGCCGCCGCCGGCGGCGGGACCUCUGGCGGCGGCCGAGGGCAGCUACAAGCGGCGUAGGAGCUCUGGCGGCGGCGUAGGGUAA